AUGAAUGCACGAUCACAAACAUUUGAAUUUGCUGUUGAAGGUCGACAAAUAGAUGAAGUUGUUUCUUGUAUGUUUCAUACAAUUUUAUUUCAUCGUUGUGUUGGAAAAUAUCAUACCAAUGGUGAAGAUAGUUAUUCAGUUGGAACCCUAGGUUAUACUGAUGUUGAUUGUGAUUAUAUUGAUUUUACUUAUCUUCAAGUAACCAGUCAAGAACUUCAACGUGCCGUAGCUGAAAAAAUAAAUCAAUUCCAUGAUAAACUUCGCUCAUCAGAUUCGAAUCGUAGUGGACAAAUUACACUUGAAUUUUAUCAAAAGAAAAAAUCUCGUUGGAUGUUUAAACCAGAAGAAAUUCCAUGGGAAAUAUGGACAAUUAAAAUAGAACAAAUGCAAUUAUCUAGUGAAAAUGAGCGACAAUUUAUGCGUGAAAAACUUUCUGAUUCAUUGACAGAACGGAUUUUUCAAAUAACUGAAAUAAUUAAUAAACCUGAUUAUGUACCUAAACCACCACAUUUAUCUGAAUUGGAUUUAGUUUUUGAUACAUCAUAUACUGAUAUUCAACCAUAUUUAUUUAAAAUUCACUUCAGUGAUUCACCAACGAUUGUCAAUCAUGUCAAAACAAUGAUUAAAGAAGCAUUCAAUACAUCACUUUAA